GUAGCAUUAUUGGCAAAGUCAUCAUGUCAAUUUAGUCUUUAAAUAUCUCUUCCAUUAUUGUUUCAGUUAAAAUGGUAGAGUUUGAUGGUCAUCCUCAUCCCUUCUACAGCUGCAGAAAUUGCCUUAAUCCUCUUGCCCUUCACGAUGAUCUCAUCUCCAAAAGUUAUCUGGUGAAAUCAGGGAAGGGUUAUAUGUUUGCUCAAGCCAUGAACGUGGUUUUGGGGAGAAGAGAAGACAAGAAGAUGUUGACAGGCGUUUACACAAUUGCUAAUAUUUAUUGUAGGAAAUGUGGUGAGGAAUUGGGUUGGCAAUAUUUACAAGCUCAUGAUUUUAAACAGAAAUUCAAAGAAGGGAGCUUCAUAAUCGAGAAAUUGAAGAUGAUUAAGGUGUACUAGAAGACUCUUUUCAUAUUUAAUCCUUUGAUUGCUCUAUGCUUCUUCAAGGCUUUCUUCUUAUAUUUAUAUGCUCAAUUUUCUUCUUCAAUUGACUAGAAUGAACACCAACAAUUGCAAAAAACACAAUGGAUAUAAUUUAAAGUUUGUAAUCA